CUUUUUGUACAUGUAUUAUGAUACUCAGUGCCUUAACCGAGAAAUGACCUGGGUCAUAACCCAGAUUAUAUUGUACAUGUUCGCAUAUCUUUGGAUAAGAUCUUUUCACCUGUGUGUUGGACAUACAAUGUGUAUUUUUUAACGGUUUAAAUGGAAUUAUUUUCCGGGUUCACCGCUAAAGCAAUUUUGAUUUUUAUAGCAACAUAUGCUUUCUCGCGACUUUGUAAGUUUGCUUACAAAUAUAAAGAAUGGCUCAAAGUUACCUCUCAGAUGUCUGUGAUAGGACCACUUCACCCUUUGUGGGGAUCACUUCACAAAUUCAAAGAUAUAGCAGAGUUCAUGACAGUCAUUAGAGAAGUUAUUUCUAAAGAGAGGUCAAAGGUUGUUUGUUAUUGGUUCAUGUUCUUCUUCCCUGAAUUUAACGUUGUUCAUCCUGACUCGGCAAGAAUUCUGAUGAAAUCAUCAGAACCGAAAGCCAUUGGUUUCGGUGGUGCCUACAGCAUGAUGAAGAGCUGGCUUGGCGACGGACUAUUGAUCUCAUCUGGAAAGAAAUGGGAGCGAAACAGGCGCUUGAUAACACCAGCAUUUCAUUUUGGCAUACUUAAACCUUAUGUUAACAUAUAUAAUAGUUCUACAGACAAAUUUCUGGAUAAUUUAAACGAGUUUGCUGAGACAAGUAGACCUGUAGACAUUUUCCCCUUGGUGUCUCUAGAAACAUUAGAUACAAUACUCCGAUGUGCCUUCUCGUAUCAAGGAAAUAUUCAAACAGAAGGGAUCAAGCAUCCGUACGUCGCGGCUGUUAAUCGAUUAGCUCAUUUACUGGCAGAUAGAUGGCUGAAGCCGUGGCUUUAUUGGGAUACAAUAUAUUAUAUGACACCUAAAGGUAGAGAAUACAGAAAACUUUGCCAAUAUGUUCAUGAUUUUUCCGAGGGAGUGAUAAGAGAAAGACAGCAAACCUUUCUUACAGAUGGUCCUCCAACUAGCCGCCAUCUUGACUUUCUCGACAUAUUGCUCACCGCUAAAGAUGACAAUGGAAUUGGCCUUUCAUUCGAAGAUAUAAGAGCUGAAGUUGAUACAUUUCUAUUUGAAGGGCACGAUACAACGGCAUCGGCAAUUAGCUGGGCUAUAUACCAUUUAGGAAAACACCAAAAGGAACAAGAAAUCAUAUAUUCAGAGUUGUCAGAAUUACUAAAUAAUAACAAGCAAGUGUCAUGGGAAAAUUUACAAAUAAUGCCAAAGCUUACAGCCUUCGUAAAAGAGUCUAUGCGCAUGAUUGCACCUGUUCCUGGUGUUCAAAGGCAACUGACAUCACCAAUAACCAUAGACAACGUCACAAUACCAGCAGGUGUAGUCGUUGACAUGGGUAUAUACAUGUUACAUCACCACCCGGAUGUCUGGCCAGACGACGAUGUAUUUAAACCAGAAAGAUUUUUACAAGAAGACAUUACAGAGCGACAUCCAUAUAGUUUCUUACCAUUUGCAGCCGGAUCAAGAAACUGCAUCGGUCAACACUUUGCUAUGGAUGAGAUCAAAGUUGUUCUUGCAAGAUUAGUACAAAGAUACAAAGUAUUUCUGGUUCCUGACCAUAAGUAUGAAAUUGAACCUGAGCUAGUAAUGAGGGCCAAGUACGGGAUCAAAGUAACUGUAGAAGAACGAAAAUGAUAUCUUCAAGAUCUGUUCAAAUGUUAUAUGUAACAACUUAUUUAGGCAAAGUUGACGCUAGACUAUUUUGUAUUCUUAAAUUGUUCUGUUUCUUGCUUGGAACAUUGGAAAUUGGUCAUCGAGAGCCAAAUACAUUUUUUUAUUGUUAAUUUGAUUGAGUUUUCUGCUGUUAUAACAUUUAUCUUCCGAAAUCGGACGGGAAGACUCAAGGUUGUAACCAAUAAAUCCGAACAUGAAUUAACUCUUUAAUGAGAUUAAAAAGAAAAGGAUUUUAUGUUAUAUGGCAAAGCUAAACUCAACUGGGCAUUCUGCAUCUUUAAUACAAAAAUUUAUUUAAAGAUUGUAAGUAUGUUUUUGAGACUCUGUUCAAAAUUAUUAUAUAUCUUUUAUAUUGUUCUCGAGUCUAGCAUGUUGUGUGCCUGUCAGUUGUUGCACUUGUUAAUAUACAAGUAAUUGAAAACGAUA